CAAGGGAGAGCCACAGAGAUGAGUGGGAGAUAAAAGUAUGUGCAAGAGAGUGAAAGGAAGCAAGAUGACACUGAAGCAAGAGAGGGAACGUAUGCGAACAAGAAGCCACAGGUAGGCCUUGUUCUUGCUUGUUGCUUCAUCUGGGUAUGACACUUCCUGGAUUGUUUGAAAUAGUCCCAUAGAAGGUGAGCCAGCCAGUGUGUGUUGUGUGGUGGUGAGAGUAGUAGUAGUAGUGCCAGGAGAGAGAGAGGGAGAGAGCGCAGCCUGACCAGGAAACACGAACAGCAGAGCGGGGAGAGAGGCUUCCUCUGACGGUGGCAUUGGAGGAAGAGAGUGAGGAAGCCAGUUGGGAGAGAAGACCAGACCAGCCUGUGGAGGAACAGGAGAGACAUUUCAGUUCGAAUGAUACUGCUGCCUGCAGCUCAACAGAGCUGUGUGUGGUGAGCGACUACCACACAAGGAGUGCACACACCAAGUUUGUCUCUAUAGAGUUUCCCUCUUCUGCGCUCUUGUGUCAAACUUGACACGUGAGAAAGGAAACAGGGUUACGGAAGACUAAUUGUCGAUUUCCUGUUUUGUUUUUUCUCUAAUAUCCUCCCUUUUUUUUUUUGAAUGGAGGAAGGAACGGCCAGAGUGUAGUUGCUGCUUAUUGCUGCUGGGGACUUUUUUGUUGUUCUUAUGGCCUCUUGCUGCCUGGCCUGGGGCUGUGUGGACUCUGUGACUCCUCUGAAAGGAGAGGAGAAGCUCUGUGUGUGAGAGAGAACUGAGAAACAACCGUUUAAGAACAUCGGCCAUGGAGCAGCCCGAAGAGGAGCAGGAAGGAGCGGGGGCUUCCCCCGACCCUGACGAGACUCUGCAGGAUGGAGACGAACCCUACACCUCUGCCUCGCCGGCCUCUUCGUCCUCCUCCUCUUCCUCCAGCCCGGUCCUGCCCUCCGCCGCCGCCGCCAUCCGCUGCCCCCACACCACCAAGAACUUCACACUGCGCAUGUUUGGCAGGAAGAAAGCUAUCGCUAAGUCAGGCCUCCAACACUUGGCAGCCCAGCCCAGCGCCUCAGCCCCAGGCAAGACUGACCCACUUCGAGAGAACUGCAACACUGUCGACUGGAGUGAUAAUGCCCAGUUUGGGGACCAUAUCUGGUUUGAGACCAGUGUCUCAGGAGACGUCUGUUACGUUGGAGAGCAGUACUGCGUCACAAAGACAAUGCAAAAGUCAGUGGCGAGGAAGAAAUGUGCUGGCUGCAAAAUAGCAGUCCACACCAUGUGUAUCGAGCAGCUAGAAAAGAUCAACUUUAGAUGUAAGCCAUCGUUUAGGGAACCCGGAUCUCGAAAUGUUCGAGAGCCCAACGUUGUCCGUCACCAUUGGGUCCACAGGAGGCGCCAGACUGGGAAGUGUCGACAGUGUGGGAAGGGUUUUCAACAGAAGUUCUCAUUCCAUAGUAAAGAGAUUGUUGCAAUCAGCUGUUCUUGGUGCAAACAGGCAUAUCACAACAAGGUGACGUGCUUCAUGCUGCAGCAGAUCGAGGAGCCUUGCUCGCUGGGAGCUCACGCCUCCGUCAUAGUGCCGCCCACCUGGAUCAUCCGAGUCCGCAAACCACAGACAUCAUUAAAAUCAAGUAAAAAGAAGAAACGCACAUCUCUGAAAGGAAAGCCGAGUAAGAAGGUAGUAGAGGAUGGUCGAUGGAAGCCCUUCAUAGUAAAGCCUGUUCCCUCACAACUCAUGAAACCUCUGCUGGUGUUCGUCAACCCCAAAAGUGGAGGCAACCAGGGAGCCAAGAUCAUCCAGUCGUUCAUGUGGUACCUCAACCCCCGACAGGUGUUUGACCUCACCCAGGGAGGGCCCAAGGAGGGGUUAGAAAUGUAUUCCAAAGUGCCCAACCUGCGGAUUUUGGCGUGUGGAGGGGAUGGAACAGUGGGUUGGAUCCUGUCUGUCCUGGACCAGCUCCAGUUGAACCCUGCACCUGCCGUGGCUGUCCUGCCCUUGGGGACGGGGAACGACCUGGCCAGGACUCUCAACUGGGGAGGGGGUUACACUGAUGAGCCAGUGUCUAAGAUCCUGUCUCAUGUGGAGGAUGGGAACGUGGUGCAGUUGGAUCGCUGGAACCUCCUGGUGGAGCCCAACCCAGAGGCCGUUCAGGAGGAGAAGGACGAGCACCAGACAGACAAGCUCCCAAUUGAUGUCUUCAACAACUACUUCAGCCUCGGCUUCGACGCUCACGUCACACUGGGGUUCCACGAGUCCAGAGAGGCCAACCCAGAGAAAUUCAACAGCCGUUUGCGGAAUAAGAUGUUCUAUGCAGGGACGGCCUUCUCUGACUUUCUGAGUGGCAGCUCCAAAGACCUUGCCAAACACAUUAAAGUUGUGUGUGACGGCACAGACCUCACCUCCAAAGUCCAGGACCUGAAGUUGCAAUGUCUUGUGUUCCUCAACAUUCCCAGUUACUGUGCUGGCACAAAGCCGUGGGGUCACCCCAGUGAGCACCUUGAUUUUGAGCCGCAAAGACACGACGACGGCUGUAUCGAGGUCAUCGGAUUCACCAUGACCUCUCUGGCCACUCUGCAGGUGGGCGGUCACGGCGAGAGGUUGAACCAGUGUAAGGAAGUGACCCUGACCACCUACAAGUCCAUCCCCAUGCAGGUAGAUGGCGAGCCCUGUAAGCUGGCCCCUUCCGUCAUCUACAUCAACCUGAGGAACCAGGCCAACAUGGUGCAGAAGACCAAGAGGAGGAUCUCCAUGCCCCAGCUCAAUGAUCAGCAGCCGGUUCCUGAGAAGCUGCAGAUCAGAGUGAGCAGGAUCAGCAUGCACGCCUAUGAGGCCCUGCAUUACGACAAGGACAAGCUCAAAGAGGCCUCUAUUCCACUGGGCAUCAUCACGGUCCCAGGAGACAGCGAUCUGGAGAACUGCCGUUCACACAUUGAGAGUCUACAGGAUAGUCUGGAAGAGGAAAGUGAUGCUGUGAAAUCAGCGAGGCUGUCGUCACAAAAGCUUUCCCCCAAAUGGUGCUUCCUUGACUGCACAACUGCUGAUCGAUUCUAUAGGAUAGACCGUGCUCAGGAGCACCUCAACUACGUGACGGAGAUCUCCCAGGAUGACCUCUACAUCCUGGACCCGGAGCUGGUCAUCAAGGAGACGGUGGGCACCUCGCCGGGCAUGCCCGACCUGGUAGACUCGUACGGGGAGUGCAAAACGCCAGAAUCUCGCCAGUUUACCUUCCCAUCCUCCUCCUCCUCUCCCACCUCCUCCCCAGGACCCAGUAUCAGGGAGUCCCAGAGGAAGAGGGUGUCCAGUGACAGCUCGGUGACAGAGGCCCUAGCUCACAGCAGCGACUCCCAGGCCUCCUCCAAGACCGGCCAGUGCAGGAGAGGCACUAAAAUGUUGAAUGUUCAUCGGCCCCAUACAACUAUUGCUGAUUUCAGACCCAUGCUUAGUUCUGGAAGUGCUCUGUCGUGUGAUGCUGAAAAAGUAACCGAGUUAAUUGAGUGUGUGAAGACAGAAGAUCUCGAAAGGCUCACAGAGCUCCACAAACAGGGGGCAGAUAUUUUCACGCAGGAUACUUUGGGCUGCACCUUACUCCAUUACGCAGUGGAGGUGGGCUGCAAGGAGAUUGUUAAGUACAUCAUAGACAACGCACCUACCACUCUCCUGGAUGUCACAGAAAAAGAGACAGGGGAGACGGCUCUCCAUAAAGCUGCGUUCACGCGUCAGAGGACCAUCUGCCACUACCUGGUGGAGGCCGGGGCUUCCCUCAUGAAGACUGACCUUCAGGGUGAGACGCCGAAGCGGCGUGCGGAGAAGGCCAAUGACCAGGAGCUGGCGGAGUACUUGGAAAACCGCCAGCACUACCAGAUGAUCCAGCGAGAGGACCAGGAGACUGCCGUUUGAUUGUCCCACUAUUUACCGCAACCUGCACCACGCUCUCUCUUUCUCCCUCUCCGUUUGCCAUACCUAACAGUAGGAAGUUCUGUACUGGGUUCAAGGGGGGGGGGUGUCUUCCCUCUCUAACAGACCAGGUACACCAUUGAAAUAGGAUUACUAUUUCUAUGGGCUACACUCCCAGUAUGGGUCGAAGUCUAGAGAGCCAGUGGAGGCAGGUCUUCCUUUCAUCCGCUUGCUAGUGAUGCUUCAGUUUGACUAGAGUGCUAUGUGACAAGAGUGCAUGAAUGAACGCUUUCCUUCUAUUGCGAAUGGGUCCAAGUCCGCUACGACACAGCAAGCGAUUGUAAAUGAAAGGGCAAAUGAAAAAACAACAGCUUUUUGGGGUAUUUUCAGGGCUGGAGUAACUGUAUCUGAAUGUGGCUUUAUGAACCUCGUAUCUUUCUCCAUAUGCAAUGGCUAGGUGUCUAUAGGAAUGUGUAGCGUUUGAGUGAGUCAUUGAAAUGGAUGGAGGUUGUUUUUAACCAGGGAUACUGUUUAUGUAAGUGUGGGCUUGAGAUAUGAUAGAUGCUUUGCCAUAUUGUAUGAAGGCUCAUUACUUUCCUUUUUGAAUUCUCGUGACCUCUGGAUGUGCUUGUUUACUCGAAUGGCAGUAUGUUUGCUCUGCUAUUGGAUAUGUAACUUUUAACUUAUGUCGAUCACUGAUAAACCGCUAUAUUUAAGAAAGGCUGUACUAUUUAUGGAGAGAGCUGUUUGCGUUUUUGCUUAUGAUCAAAUAUUAUAAAAGCAGGCAUCCUAAAUAACUCAUUAUUAAAAGCAGGUUUUGCACUGCCACUGUUAUUACAAAAACAAUGCUUUGUAUUUCUCUAUGUGGCUUGAAAUUCCUCUUGGUGCAUUACAUAUAACAGUUCUUAGAUAUUUAUAUACCACAGCUUUUAGAUAUUUUUAUGCACUGUGUCCAUGUUUGUUACAUACAAUGUAAAUUUGAUGUAUUUUUCCAAAUGUGUACUUUGCAAUGUAUAGUUUUUCUGUGUAUAGGUGAAACGUUCUUAUUUACUACAUGCUACACAAGUGCAGUACGAAUUCAACACAAAACAGUUAACAGAUUCCCCAAAAUGAUCACAAAUCACAAAUAAACUUCUGUAUCCCAUUCUUUAAUGCCACAUCAUUACUACUUUAGUCAACUCGUUGUAUAUUUCAUAUAUUAGCCAGUUUAUGAACACUUAUGGAAUGUGAGGAGAAAGUUCAGUUCACUUGAUUAGCCUUAAUCAGUAAUUUGUCUCGCGUUCCGUUGUCUCAAUGAAACUUAAUUAAACACUAUUUAUUGUAUGUGCAACCUGACUGCUGAGUCAAGUAUCUUACACCAGUUUCUUUUUCUCUUUACAACUUUUACAAGUAUUAUCAGAAACAUGGCUUGAUUAUUGUGAAAUAUAGAUUGCUUGUAUCAAUACUUAGAAAUCUUUGCAAGAACUGCCUAUUAUUGGUUUGCUUUUAAGGGGUUAUGAAAAGUAUAUGUGUGUGUUAUCAAUGCUUUGUUUUGAGUUGCUGUGCAAUUCAGGGUUAGAGAAUUAGCAUCAAGCAAUUAAGAAUGACUACUGCUGAACUGUCCAUUGUAACUACAGAGAUUUCAAAAGAUCAUUUUUGUACUUGCGAUCAGAGUAAUGGACAGACCUGUAUGAAAUGUAUUUAAAAAAACAUAUUAGUUGUACUGUAUAUUUGCUCAUCAAGCCUGUUUGUUACUGUUUGUUUGGAGAAAAAUAAAACUUUAAACAUUGAUUAUUGCA